UAUGCGCUGUAGGACAUAGCUGGCCUUGGGCUUAGCCCCGGUGGAGCCCUACGCUAUAUUGUGCUGUGCAGAACCCAUUCACGCAACUUGACCGUCCACCACCAUGGCUGGACCAUUUCGCUUCCAGGAGGAAGCCAGGUCGCCGCUCGAUCGCAGCGCCUCACCCUUCUCUACCGGCCAGCCUGUGUCCUUCAAGACCAAUGUCAAUCGCUCCAAAACGAAGAAAUGGGUGCAGGCAAAGAAGAAUGCCUACGACGGCGAUGACUGGGGCGACUACGAUGAGUACGAUGAAUACGGCGUGAACCAGGAACCCCAAAAUGCCCAACCCGCGCAGCGAUACUACGCCCAGCGUACAGAGCAGCCCUCGCGAAGCUUCACCGACCCCUCCCUUCAAGCACCACUACCAAAAGCCCGCAGGAAUUCCUUUGAGCGUGGAGAGGAACAGCGCGCAUUCUCAUCGACCAUUCCUCAGCCUCAGCCUGCUCAUGCCCAGCCACAUAGAGAACCCCAGGGGUUGCCAGAUAGCAAUCCCUUUGGCGUAGACUAUGACAUGGGAGGUAGGGGUGAUUUCAGUCCCUCUGCAGUGCCUCCACCAUUGCAGACACGUAUGUCGCAGGUGCCUGCCGAUUUCACUCCCCCCUCACAAUCCCAGUUCCCUCCGCGCAAAAGCAGUAUAGGUCAGGCAAGUUCGCCAAUAGCUACUUCCCCACGACCGCGCACCGGCAGUGCAUCUGAUAAGCCACUUCCUUUUAUUAGACCAGCAGACAUAUACAAGCGCCACCAAGAAGAUCAGGAACACUUUGAUCCCAAAGCCAUCCAGUCCGACCCUAGCACCUCCCAGCAGGAACACCCCGCCAACUCACCGUCGGACGAUCAGGGUCUACGCUCUGUUGUCGAUCAGGCAUUCACUCGUACAGAUGACCAGCGCUCGGUUCCGCCAACACCAACGUCAAACGACACGAGCUCAGACCUUCUAAGAAGCAAUACUGGAAGCACGUCUGGUAUUAGUCCAAUCAUGAGCCGAGUUCCUAGCUCUGCUGCUUCAGCGUUAAAGAUCCGCAAUCAAGCAGAAGGAAAUACACCCGUGAUCAAGGAGGAGCCUGGUGAAGUCACAACACCCGUCACCCAGCCAACGCCAGCGAAUAAUGUUGACUCGAUGCACCACGUUCCACAAAAGCCAUCUCCGGGUCACUCCCGAAACAUUUCAAGCUCGUCUACCCCUCGCAGUGGUCUUGCUACGCCGACACGCGGUGACAGCCCCGCUCGUUCUCCUGUGCUAGCAGCCAGCAGAGACGUGCCAAGACCAAAAUCCGCCCUUUUUUUGACUGAAGACGACUCAAGUCCUGAAGGCAUGGAUGGCGGGCUAAAGGGGCCAGCUUCUGCAUAUGCUAAUCGCGAAGCGGAUCUCGCUACCUCAACUAACAGCCGCCCAAGCAGUGGGAUUCUAGAUCUAGGAGCCGCGCAGCGUCAGUCCCAGAACAUGUUCUUGGAAUCCCACAAUGCACAAUCCCCUAUCGAGGAUGUUUUACCACGCGACCGUUCAGAAUCACCAAGCAAAGGCCGUGUGCAGGCACUGGCUGGCAAGUUUGGCGAUGUAGCUUCUUCAAGACGCGGGUCAACACAAUCGAAUCUUUCAAGAAAUAGCGUUCAGUCAUGGGAGCGAAGCCGCGACAAUUCGCGUGCAGCGUCUCCAACAAAAGCUAGUCCAUCAAAGCCCAGCAGUCCGGUCAAAGAAUUCCGUCCUCACCUACCUGGCCAAUGGGAAUCAUACACGACCACAGUCGUGACCCCCUCAGAACAUGGGGAGCAGGAUCGGGGGUUAGGCAAUUUGGAGAAGAGCCAAGUUUCCUCUGAAAGUCUUGACUUGACACCUACAACUGCUAAGCAAUCAGUUGCUGAAGUUCCUUCAACAGAGGCAAACAACUCUGAUCCAAUGGCUGCUCUUCGAAACGCCGGAGCUGCAAUGGCCGAAUCUAUCCGCACGACUAUUGGGAUCGAUGAAAACUCAUCGGAAACUCCGAAGGAGAAGAAGGCGUCUGUUGAUCAUGGCAACAUCUAUCUACCUAGGCCAUUGCAGCUUGAUCGCACGAUAACAUCUAACUCAAGCGCACCACCUACACCUCCUGCGAAGGACACCCCAAAAUCCGAGUUUCCACCAUCGCCUCCCUUGAAAGAAAACCCCGUGCCGUCUGCGGAGGAUCCUUUGACUCGCCCAAGUUUUGAUCAAAAACCCAGCACUGAGAGUUCUGCUGAAGACCAAGAAAGCGAUCGUUUGCGAAAGGAAAUUGUUGCCAGUUUGGGUCCUCUUAAUAUCCCAGACUCACCAGCGGAUGAACCAAGUUUAGCUCCACUGCAACCACACAGCCCGGGUACAAAUCGUGCCAGCUCGAUCCUACCUGACGAGUACAAGAGCUACUGGGCUGAAGAGGACGGUGUUUCUCGUCGGUCUUCUCAAAACAGCGAGACUAAAGCCAAAGACCGACCGCAAGCAGCGACUGUCGCAUUUCUCCCUCAAUCUGAAGACCCUACAAAACCUGUCAUCAAGAGGUUCAGUUGGGAAGCGAGCGAUUCGUUGAUGCAAACGCCAGUUGAAUCGGAAAAGGAAACUCCUCCAGCAGAGCCUGCAGCAGUCUCAAAUGGACCUGAAAAGCCUGCAUCCGCUGGAGAGCGAGCUGCAGAACAAGAACAUCAGCCAUCACCUGAGACUCUCCCUGGCAUUACUGUGCACACCGGUCCUGCUUCGGAUGUUACCAAGCCUGAUCCUGUCGGCGAUGGCGAAAAGCCAGCUGCACCUUCUCCUCUUUUGGACCCUACACAGUCUAUAGCCAGCCCCACUCGGGAGGCUACGCGUUCACCAGGUCUUCAUGUUGUGAAUACGGAAGAAAAUCCUGAAGCUGUGGAUCUUCCCCCGCGCUUUACUGCCGAACACGAUCCGCCUCCUGUGGUGUCUAAAGAACCCAAAUUGACUGAAAAAGCCACAACGCCGGAGCCUGCAGAACCACAGCCGGCCAUUGAAGCACGCCAUGAAGAAGUUCAGACUCCUGCUGCUGCACCUGUAGCGUCCGCAGCGCAAGAAUCUUCAACCAAGUCGCCAGCCACAGACAAGCCCUUAGGCGCUCGAGAGAUCGCAACCCUCAACUCGGCAACGGAACGAAUCGAUACGUACAACAAGACCCGGGAAUAUUGGGCUAGUGUAGACCAUGGGUUGAAUGAUUGGCUGACAGCAACUUUGGAUGCAAAUCCCGAGUUGGCAACGCAGACAUUUCCGGUGCAACGAGCACCUACGGGCUCUAUCCGUCACAGACACACUGGCUCGCUUUUGUUCGGGAAAUUGGGUGGGUCAAGUAACCACGAGUCAACUGCUGAACAGCACAACAAUGGCAGUGCGGCUGCUCCUACCAAUACCAGCUCUCCAACUGCCCAUGCACCUUCUGGGUCUAGUUUUGGUGGACGCAUUGUGAACCAGCAAGUGCAGCUCAAGGGCAAAGAUCUGCUGCAUACUGCCAAUGUACUGGGUGGGAAGGGUAUGACCAGUGCCAAGGGCUUUUUUGCCAAAGGCAAAAGUCGUUUCGGGCGCGAAAAGGCAGAGAAGUGAUUUUGCUUCUGCAUGGCAUAUGCCGCGACUACUACCACGGGUUGUCUUGUUCGACUAA